CGUUAUUUGGGCUGACUUGACGCUGACGGCGCUGUUCACCGGUUCACAGUGCGUCAACUCGUCAAAUGUGAUUAAUUUCAGCUGUGGACGUCAUUAAUGCAGGAGAAGUGGCAGCUGACUACUAGAGGAGACCAGAUCCAGGUUCUUCAUGUGCAGCCGUGAUCGGUGAACUUUACACAAGUGAUUCAAUGUGACUUUUAUUCAUUUUAAUAUCCAUCAUCACUGCUCGUGUCAGCGUUAGUUCGGAUGGUGUACCGUUCCCUCUCGGCCCAUAGUUGUGUAUGUAUCAUAGAGUGGUGUAAAGUACCAGGAGCAGCAGCGGAGCCUGACUACACAGUGUCUAGCCCAGCACCAUCAUGGCCUCCGCCACCUCCACCCCCGCUGCCGCCUCCAGCGGCCGCUCCAGCCGCUCCGCCGGCCGCCGCAGCGCAGCCCCCGGCCUGGCCACAUCCAGCAGCAGCCCGACCCGCAUCAACCGCAUCCAGGAGAAAGAGGAGCUCCGACACCUCAACGACCGCCUCGCCAACUACAUCCAACGAGUCCAAGAGUUGGAAAACGAAAGGUCUUCCAUAUUGUUCCAGCUGGAGGAAAAAGAUGAGUCCAAGAGCCGAGAGAUGGCCAACGUGAGGCGGCUGUACGAGGAGGAGCUGGCCGACGUCAGGAAGUCCCUGGACGGCCUGGCCGGAGAGAGGGCCCGCCUGCAGAUAGACUAUGGGAAUCUGUGCGAGGAGUACAGGAAACUCCAGAGCAGGAACCAGAAGAAGGAGAGUGACCUGGUGAACGCUCUGGCCCAGUGGAGGAAGGUUGAGGCCAAUCUGAGCUCCAAGGAUGCUGAGUACACUAAGCUGCUGUCUGACAACAGGAGACUCAACGAUGACUUCUCUGACGUACAGGGCCAGCUGGAAAGCGUAGAGGGCGUACUGUCAGACACAAGGAACCAGCUGAGCUCUGAGAUCCUGAGGAGGGUGGAAAUGGAGAACCAGGUGCAAACACUGAAAGAACAGUUGGAGCUCCAUAGGAACAUCAGUGAGCAGGAGAUUUUGGAGAUCCGAAGCCAACAUGAGAGUCGUCUGGUGGAGGUGGAAUCAGGCCGACGGAGAGAGUUUGAGAGUAAACUGGCUGAGACUAUGCAGCAGCUGCGGCAGGAUCACGAGGCUCAGCUGCAGCAGUACAAAGACGAGAUCGAGCGGACCUUCAGUUCAAAGUUACAGAAUGCACAGCAGGCUGCACUGGAGAAAAACAAUGUUGCAUCAGCCACCAAAGACGAAUUGGAAAGCACCAAAGUCAGAGUGGAGAGCCUCAGCUCGCAGCUUCAGCAGUACCAGAAAGAUAAAAUGGUGCUGGAGGGCCGCUUUCAGGACCUGGAGAGGACUCUUGACAGGGAGCGAGAGGUUUGGCAGCAGAGACUGGCCCAGAAGGAGCAGGAGCUGCUGAGCAUGAGGAGCCAGAUGUACGCCCAGCUGGAAGACUACGAGAAUCUGCUGGAUGUGAAGCUGGCUCUGGACAUGGAGAUCAAUGCGUACAGGAAGAUGCUGGAGGUGGAGGAACAGAGAUUGCAGCUGUCACCCAGUCCCUCCCAGCAUACAGCCAUACCUCGAACACAUGAACAAGGGAGCCGCAAGCUCAGAGGGAAGAAAAGGAAACACGAGGGGGUCUCUGGCGGCUCGCCCGCCUAUAAAAUGUCCAGUCGUUCAACUGAGCACGGAGCUGUGAGCGUGGCGGAGGUCGACUUGGACGGAAAAUAUGUUAGACUUAAGAACAACUCUGAGGCGGAGCAGCCACUAGGUGGCUGGGUGAUACGGAGGAUGUACCCAGACUCUGGAGACAUAUCCUUCCACAUCCCCUCCUCUUGCAUCCUGGCUGGUGGACAGACACUCACAAUCUGGGCAGCAGGUUCAGAGGUGGAGGCAGAUUCUGGGGACUUGAUUCUGCAGGGUCACAGGAGCUGGGGCCCUGUCACUGAUGUAAGGGUGAUUCUUCUGAACCCCAACAAUGAGGAAGUCGCUGAGCGCAGGGUGUGUAUGCAGCACAGAGGUGAUGAGGAAACUGAACUAGAUUUCGAUGAAGAACUUGUCGCAGGCAGUGACAUCCAGCACUUUAGGAGACAGCCAAAGAGAAAGAAGAAGUGUUGUUCUGUGUCUUGAGUGUGGAGCAGACAGCGUGCUGUAAAGUAGGAACUAUCUAAGGAGGCGAGCUGUGCUGUCAUGUGAUUGCUGCUGUCCAUCUGGAGAAGCUAACAGCUCUGUCCUUGGAGUGCAAACGUCUGCUGCUGUCUGCUCCCUGUGUUGUCUCCCACAACACCAGUAUGUUGGUCUGAUUGUGACGAGCUCAGAAGCCUUAGAGCAACAGUACCAACCUCAGUAUUCUCACUUGUUACAUCGCUCUAACUGCACAAGACUAGACAUGAGCUUUGCCUUGAUUUGAUCUCAUUUAAAUGAGUGUGUGUGCGUGUGUGUGUGUGUGAGAGAGAGAGAGAAAUAAAACUGUUGGAAUAAUAAAGAUAUAAAAUAUGG